CUCUCCGCCCCGCCGCGCCCGGGGCCGCCGCCCCGUACUCUCUAUGGAUGUCAAGGCGGCCCCCAACGGGGUGGCCACCAUCGAGGACCGCAUCCUGCGGAUCACCGGCUACUAUGGCUAUUACCCGGGUUACUCCAGUCAGAAAAGUACCUCCAGAUCAUCAGUUACUCGAUGUAAACCUGGAGCCAACUGCCCCAGUUCACACAGUAGCAUCAGCAGACAACUGUCCCCUCUCUCUGUCACAGAAGAUUCCUCUGCUCCUAUUCUUGAACUUCAGAGUCGAGGAUCCUCUGGAGUUUGUGGACACAGAGCUGAGAGGCAAAACAGAUCAGGGGAUGAUGGAGCACAGACUCAUCCUGAGAACAGCGGCCAAGAAAACAGAAUCAAGGCUCGCUGCCUAUCCUGCACGUCCAUGGUUCUGAAGGCUGUCUGGGGACUUUUGAUCAUCUUGUCAGUGUCAUCAUCUUGGGUUGGAACCACACAGAUUGUAAAAAUUACUUAUAAGAACUUCUACUGUCCAUUUUUCAUGACUUGGUUUUCAACAAACUGGAACAUUAUGUUUUUCCCAGUCUAUUAUUCUGGUCAUCUGGCCACUGCUCAAGAAAAACAAUCUCCAAUGAAAAAAUUCAGGGAAUGCAGUCGAAUUUUUGGUGAAGAUGGUCUGACGUUGAAGCUCUUUCUUAAAAGAACUGCUCCCUUUUCUAUUCUGUGGACUUUGACUAAUUACCUGUAUUUACUGGCUUUAAAGAAGCUGACAGCCACGGAUGUCUCUGCUCUGUUCUGUUGUAACAAAGCCUUUGUCUUCUUGCUGUCGUGGAUCGUGCUGAAAGACAGGUUCAUGGGAGUGAGGAUAGUUGCCGCAAUAAUGGCAAUCACUGGCAUCGUGAUGAUGGCGUAUGCAGAUAACUUCCAUGCCGAUUCCAUCAUAGGAGUGGCAUUUGCAGUGGGUUCAGCCUCAACAUCUGCACUAUAUAAGGUUUUGUUUAAGAUGUUUCUUGGAAGUGCUAACUUUGGUGAGGCAGCACACUUUGUCUCCACGUUGGGUUUCUUCAAUUUAAUCUUCAUCUCCUUCACCCCAGUCAUCCUGUAUUUCACCAAGGUGGAGCACUGGUCCUCGUUUGCAGCUCUGCCAUGGGGCUGUCUCUGCGGGAUGGCAGGACUCUGGCUGGCCUUCAACAUCCUGGUGAAUGUCGGUGUGGUGCUGACGUACCCAAUCCUCAUCUCUAUCGGGACGGUGCUCAGCGUUCCUGGAAAUGCAGCUGUGGAUCUCCUGAAGCAGGAGGUAAUAUUCAAUGUCGUCCGCCUGGCUGCUACCAUCAUCAUCUGCAUUGGGUUUCUGCUGAUGCUCUUGCCUGAGGAGUGGGAUGAAAUUACCCUGCGAUUCAUCAACAGCCUGAAGGAAAAGAAGAGUGAGGAGCAUGUGGAUGACAUCACUGAUUCCAGUGUCCACCUGCGAAGCAGAAGCAGGGCCAAUGGGGCUGUGUCCAUACCGCUGGCUUAAGGAGGGACACAUUUUGAAUGCACGUGUAUGUAUAUUCUGUGAAUAUAAUAAAAUUUUCUCACUACCUAUACACUCAAAUGACAGUAUUAACUCUGAAUUUGGAUAAAUCAUGUGUGAAAUAAUGCCAACAUAAAAGUUUACAUUUAUAUGCUUAUCAAGGAACUGGUGUAAAUAGUCAUAAUAAAUUUUUUAUUAAAACAUAUUCAUCCU